CUGGAGGGAUUCACCCAGGCUCCCACCAAGUCUCUGACCAAGACCUCAUGUCUCUGCACCCUCCCACGUACCAUUGUUGUGACCAUGGUUUUCAGACAGCUGUCCUCUGGCUGGGUCCCAGUCUCCAGCAGGUCACCUGCGGCUGCCCCUGUGAGGAAGCAGGAACCAGUCCCCAGGACCUCUGUGAAGAGCUCCAUUCUGUCCACAUUGAAGCCUUGGAGCCAUGGUGGGGAGGGCUGAAGGAAAGGGCUAAAUGGAUGGCACAGUUUCUACAUCCCCCUUCCUCCAGAAAGGAGUGGGAACUCAGGAUGGGGGGAGGGAGAGGCACACAGGAACAGCCUGGCCUUAGUACCCCAGCCUCCUCCCUCUAGGUUACUCUCCUGGGUAACAAGAUAAUUCCACAGGGACUUCAAAUGUAGCGCUCACAUCCCACGAGCCCACAUCUGCCCUGAACCUGGUAGUUGGACCCCACUUCUUGGGGUAAGAAUUCUCACGGAGUAGAGCUGAGGUUCUGCCACUUCCUCUCCCGAGGGAGCAACUCAAGUUACCAGGGCAACAGGCUAGAAUAAAUCUUGUCUGGGUGAGGCCAAGGGCAGUGUUGUUGCUAGGGCAACUGAUUAGGCCAGUUGUUUGGCUCCAGGCUUUUCCUGGUACCUGGCAAGCUAAAUCACCUGGCAUUGAUUACCAUCUACCACUGCUGCUUGCCCAGAACCCAGACACUCCGAUCCCUGCUGCUUCCUACUUAUAUCUUUACCCAGCACUUAGGGGUUCGAUGACACGAAGUGGUCUGGAGCUGCCCUCUAUGACAGCAGCUGUGAAUUCACAGGACUAGGGUGCUGCGAGGUGGUCUAGUUGAUGGGGACUGGGAAGGAGUAGGUAUGAAGAGACCCUCCUGUGGGUAGUUUCAAAUCAAGCCUGGGGAGUAAGGCUCCAGGCCAGGAGCCGAGCAGGUGCAUGAGCCCUGCGCGUGCCUUGCUCUUUGAGGCAGCAGCCAGACUAGGAAGGGGAAGGGCCUGCAGACAGCUUUUGUGUCUCUGCCACUUGUCACAUGGUGCAUAUAUCAAGGCCACACGGGGACUAUGACCUUAAUGUUUUGGUGGCCACUUAUGGAUCCAUCACAUACCUGCCCCUCCCUGGCCAACACCCAUCAGCUGUGGCAGCUGCCAAUGGCCCCACUGUGUCACCUGAGCUGCCAGCCCCUCUCCUGCUCCUUGGUGGGGCUUUGGCUGACUGGGGGGCACCUGGAGCAGGCCCCAGGUACUGCCUGCCUGCUGUCUGGAUGCCCAUCCUCAGGAUACUGGUUGGGUCAAGCAAAAGGACCUCAAGGGACCACUGCAGACUCCCUGCCCUAAAUUUCAAGUCAAGAGAAGGGGAGAGACACUGGGCAUCAAGACAGGGCAUCCCUUUCUCAAAGAUCCUAGCUUCCAUGCACACUGCAUCAUUGGCUCCUCUAGUAUUCUAGCCCCUUCCUUCCAGGCCUGGGAAGUGGAGAAACUCUGCCUCCCUGCUCAGGCUGUCCUGGCCCUUGGACUGGUCAGAAAAAGGUUCCCUUGCUUCAGUACUCUUGUUAUAUCUCCUUCCAUACCUGACUGUGCUCCUAUACCAUCUUUAAUAGGGGCCAAAUGUUGCCCUCUUUCCCUUCCCCACCCUCAGCUUCCCCCUUUUAGGUAUCUUACUUGCCAUGAGAGAUAUCAUGAGGUCCUCUAAGGCCCCCAUCUGUGUCAACUGCUAGUUUGUCUUGCAGAGUGUGCACUGACUGACCAGAGCUAUCUUCCCCCAAGUGAGUUGGUCAGUGGAAGGAUCAGAAGUGAGGUGUAAAAAUGUGUGAAUUCCAAUUCCAUCUCAAACCUCUCAGUAAGCAAGGGGCAAAGGGAGUACCCCCACCAGAGAGUCUGCACUUCUGUGAUCAGAGCCAUCAGCUGGCCCAUGGUGGCAUUUUUGGACAGUGGUGGUGAGAAGGGGCUGAGGGCAAUGGGGCAGCAUGAGGGAAAUGCCCCUAAGCGAUGGUGCCAUCCUCCACAGGGUCUCCUCCAGUGGCCACUUGACUGGGAUUCUGGUGGGAUGGGCUGUGCACAGGGACCAAUCCAGAAGUUUAUUUAUCCCAAGACACCUUAUCACCACAGACCCACCGACCCACAGAGAAACUAAACCUUCAGCUCCUCAGAAAUCAGAACCACCCCGAUGUUCAGAGGCCAGCUCCUAGGAUUAUUUGGGAAGGAAGAGUGCAAAACCAGUCCUGGAUGGGAAGUGGGGACACAGGUGCUGGAAGGAGAGAGCAGGAGUAAGGAAUGGCAGGAGCUGGAAGGAGGGGUUGCCCUAAGGAUGGCCGGACUUAACCGGCCCUGAUCUCCAGGACUGCGGAUGCCACUGCCAGCGCGAUCAAGACAGACACAGUUCCAUUCACAUACGCCUCACACGGUAGUUUUCCCCAACAGACACCUCAAAUCAGUGGAGAUGCCCCCACACUCUCCGCCCCUGCCGAAGCGGGUGGGGUAGGGUGGAGGCCGGCUCUCUUAAACUUCCCAACUCAAACUCCGCUUCCAUUGCCGGCAGUCCAGCGCCCGGGUCGCGCGAGGGUUAACCCCGCGGGGGUGGGGACUCCGGAGCGGUCGGAGGAGGGAGGGAGGGAGGGAGGGGUGAGGAGGCACGGGGAACCGGCUAGGGUCUAGCCUCUGAGGCCGUUGGAGACCUGGGUGUCACAGGCCGUCGGGCAGCCACUGGGGCACACGCUGCGCGCAGCGAGGGGCUACUGCAGACUCCCUGCUCUAAACUUCAAGUCCGGGGGAGGGGAGAGACACUGGAUAUCAAGACAGAUGUCGGCCACCUCUACCCCACUUCUGGCCUUUCCCCAGCGGUCUCGGCCGCUCCUCCAGCCAUUUUAUAGCCUGUGGUCCGGGAUGAACCCUGGAGGCGGCGGCCCGACGGCAACCCCGGAGUCCCAGUUGACCGAUGUGCCCCUGGGUCCGCCACCUCCUUGGGCCUGCCCGGCUGAUGUGAGGCUCUGCGGCCACCUGCGGAAGCAGAAGUCCCAGCGCCGCCGCUUCUUCGUGCUACGCGCUGACCCGCCGCGCCUCGAGUGUUACGAGAGCGAGAAAAAGUUCCUCUCGGGCCGAGCACCCCCCAAACUUAGCAUGAGCCUGGCGGGCGCGUGCACCAUUAGCAAGCGCGUGGACGCGCGCCAGCGCCACCUGAUCGUCCUCUACACGCGCAACUGCAGCCUGGGUGUGGCGGCGGCCAGCGAGACGGAGCAACAGGCGUGGUACAGCGCCCUGCUGGAGGCGCGCGCCGCUGCCGCAGAUCCCUGUUUUCAUGAGGACUCCGAGACCUGGAUCCUCGCUCCGUUUCAGGACGUCUGGCCUGUGACGCUGCGGCCCAAAGGGCUGGGGCGGACACGAGGCCUGGGAAGCGGUGGCUACUGCCUGUGUCUGGGUUCGGGGGUACUGAGCCUGCUGCGGGAGCCCAGGGCCAGAGGUUCCAAGGACACCCAAGCAUCGCUACCGCCAGCCCUGCGCCUGUCCCUGCUCAGCGUGCGCCGCUGUGGCCACGCAGACUCCUUCUUCUUCCUGGAGCUUGGCCGCUCAGCACCCACGGGUCCCGGGGAGCUGUGGCUACAGGCGCCUGACACGGUGGUGGCCCAAAGCAUUCAUGAGACCGUUCUGGCCGCCAUGAAGCGGCUCGGGGACGGUGGUGCGGGUGGCCAGGCUGAACCACUGCCAAGGGAUCCUACAACAAGCGCCUCCAGACGGUCACCUGUCCCCCAGCCUCAUGAGACCCCAGCCUCAGAGGCCCCAUCAAGCAGCCUGAGCCGUCAGGUGUGCCUGGGUGAGAGGAAUGAGCAUGCAACCCUAGAGACCCUGGCAAUGCUGGGGGCAGCAGCCUCAUAUCCCGAGGAGUUGGAGCAGGUUGGGGGCCACAUAUGCAUGGGAGCUGGGAGUGAUUACGAGACCAUGCAGGGCAAGGAAGCAGGUGGCUACAUGGUGAUGGCAGCCCCAGGCAUUCCGGCUGCUGCCAACGCCGCUCCCUCCCAUCCGCGCCAAGGUUGGGAGGGCACUGAAUACAUGCCCAUGAGCCACUUUCAGCCACGGUCCUUUUCCUCGAGUUCCCUACCCUUUUCCUACAACCCUGGGGCUGGGGACCCUGGACACUGGCUCCAAGACCCCCAUCGGGGCGUUGGGGACAGCUGCGGAACAGCAGGGGCUCAGUCCUGCUUGCAGCCACUAUCCGAGCAAGCGGGGGAAUACGUGUGCAUCAAGUACCCAACCCCAGACUGCACACUGGACCCCCUCGAUGGCCACCUGAAUUAUGUUGACCUGGACCUGGUCCCUCCUCUGGAGGCACGAGGCGACGCCCCCGGGGCCAGCACGCACAGCUAUGCCAGAAUCCAGUUCCAGAAUGAUGGAGAGACAAGGCUGUGGAGCCUGGGAAAUCUUCAGGAGGAGGUUCCCCAAGAAGUUGGAUUCUUUUAAGAGAGACAAUUCUAGAACCCCUAUCAACAAAAAAAAGUCCUACGAAUUUCUGGGCUUUCUCAGCCGAAGCCCCGAUCCUCUGUUUCCCCACACAGUUCCUGCAGCAUCAGUCCACAGUCUCAGGUCAGCCUUGGCCCCCCCCCACCCUGCCUCCUAUGAGAAUUCCCACGUGGACCAGCCCCCCACCACCACCCUCCCACACACACACCUGCAGUGCCUGCUGAGUGUCUCCUCCAAGGCAAAGAACUAACCUGCAAGCCCAGAGCUGAACUUCUGGGGCCCCAGAACAAGAAGGAUGAAAGUACCAGGUAUCUCACCUUUUAGUGCCCCCCCAAAAGUGAUGUGCUACCCCCUUACUCCCUAAUUUGCCUCUCCCAAUGCCAGCUACAUGCUCACACAAUCCUCCCUUCUCCCAGGCCUGGCAAAACUGAUGGGGAGUCCUUGCUUCUUACAUACUCAGUCUGAGGGACUGUACUGUGGAUCCCCCCCUCAUUAAAGGUGCCUUGACCAACGAGUAACAA